AUGGUAGAGAGUAAAAAGAAGAAAAGAGCACCGCCACCGAAACCUACAGUUACUCAAGAUGGAUCCAGAGAUUCUGGAGUCGGGAACUCGCCGAAGGGCACAACACAGCCAGAAAAGACGAAGAAGAAAAGGGCACCCUUGCCGGCACCGGUUAAAGCGAGACAGCUGAGCAAUAGUGGUCAGGCCGUAGCGAUGCCGAUAACAGACAUCAAAACCAUCCAAAGCGGCAAAAGCAAACUCGUCAGUACUCAGAAACAACAGAAGGAGAGCUCUUUAUCGAGUAUAGAAGGAGAUGAUUUUGGAGCUAGUCAAUUUGCUGGAAAUUCCAAAAAUUUAUCAAGAAAAUGGAUCAAAAAAAAACUUGAAGAAAAUUUUUCUUCGUUGAAAGUUUUUGAUCAAAAAAAUGGCCAUGAGAUCAUUAAAGUUCUGAGCUAUCAUCUCGAAAUCCCAUAUAUUGAAGAAGACCCAAAAUUCCCCGAAAAACAAGUCAAACAAGCAAAUGCUGAUAGUAGCGAAAAACAGAAGCAGCAAACAAAUCCAGGCGAAUUCGAAGAAGAAACAAAUUUCGACGAUUUGUUUGGCAGCGAUAGCGAGUUUACUGAGACAGAGGAUUUUUCUGAGAGGUCGGAAGAAAAAGAAGCAGAUACUGGUUAUUUUGAGGGAAGCACGAAGUCGGACUGUGAUGGGAAAUCAGACAGCAUGGAGAAAGUUGAGAAAGAAACUGUCAAAAUGAUCUCCGCAGCAGAACAAAAAGUCGAAGCUCGGCCCCCGAUUCAACAAGAAAGAAAAACUUCCUUCACUAUUGUGCCUGGAAAGGGGCAACUUGAGAAACUCCAAAGCCAGAGUAUUUAUGCUACUGUGAAUAGAGCGAAGAUUAUGGAACAGACGAGCUCUCAAAAAGGACAUGCAGCGAUUCUGAACGAACUCAGUGCGCUAAAAGACCAAAUCGCAGCCUUGAAAAAUAAAAACUCCAAAGCGCAAGUUCCGUACACAGUGGUUAAAGCCGUCCAUAAAUUUCGAAAUGAGCAUGAGCGGCCAGUUCCAUCCCAGAAACCGCCGAUCGCGGCAAAGCCAAAAAGUAGAACAGGCAGCGCAAGCUUGCAACUGGACGAACAAGGCAACAUUGUACGCCCAGGAUCAGUUUCCAGUCAGCCAGAAUCAUCAAAAUCGUCAUCUCCCGUAACAGUAGCGCCAAAGCCAGUGACAACAAUGCCGCUCGAUCAAAACGGCAACAUUCGCAUUGUCAACAAGCCGCGAACCAACUCGACUACCUUUGAGAUUCCAAAGCUGAAACAAGUUUAUUCCAGCCAGCAGUAUCAACAGAUUCCGCAAAGUAAUCAGGAAAGGUUUAUUACAACAGAUAUGAAGCACCAGUCUCCGCAGCCCGCGCAACCCCAGUUUCCCCAGCACAUCAACCCUGGCCCCGGCUAUCCCCAAAUGGACCCCCGAAUGUCUUUCCAAUACAUACCUCAGUACCAACCCUUGCCACAGCAGUUCCAACCCAGCCAGUCCAUGGAUGCGCAGCAGUACCAACAGUACAUUCAACAACACCAACACAUGAUGCAGUACCAUCAGCAACAACAACAAGCUCAAGCAGCUCAAGCUUAUGGAACUUAUCAUCCUCAUCAACAAGCGCCGCAGCAAUUCCAAAAUCACAUGGCUCCUCAAUCUAAUCAACCUCAAGCUCAAAAGUUUCACCCGAUUGCGGCGCAGCAAAAUUAUAAUCCAAGUCGAGACACCUCGGAUCAACUGGACAUUGGCGCAGCGCCCAUUGAUUCGGUUUAUGGACCCUCGAGGAGCAUUUCCGAGAGCGGCUCACUCGCUCGCGGCCAAAUCAAUGCCAACCAAAACAACUCGAGAAUGAUGAAAACUUCGGUGAACUCUUCCAUGUCCAGUCCUUCGCCGUCAAUGAGCUCUGAAGAGGGGGCCGCUCAGGAUAACAAAACAAACGCGGCGUUUCCUUUUGGCAAGAAAUUAUCGCUCAAAAAGCCUCAACAACGUGAACUCGUCGUGACCCAAACUCCCCGAGAGCAGUUAUUAAGCGAAGUGCAAAGCAUUGCUCAAGCUCGGGGCGACACGACUUCAUCCAUUCCGGCCGGUUUCGUCAGGCAGCUUUCGACGAGCAACGAUGCUCAGAAUUCCAACUCGAUUUCCACGAUGAACAGCUCUCCUCCUCCAGUGAUGCUCAAGCCGGUGAGCGAGAGAAAAUUGAAAGAAAAGAAGGAAGAAUUGACCACACACGAAGAGUUGAUGCGACAGAUUCAAAGAUCAAGAUCAGUUGCGGAUCAAUACAUUGCAGAUGGAACGAUCAAGGCGACGAAUGGAGCUCCUCCUCCGCCACCACCAGCUCCAGUUCUUGCGCCACAGUUGAAAAAAGUCAAUGUAAAGCAACUUCCAAAAGUCGAGCAACUAACACCUCAAGAAGCCCUCCUAAGCGAGAUCCGCUCUCGUGGAAAUAAAUCUCAAGACUAUGUCUACGACGGGACAAACACAGAACGAGUCAACCCCGACCAGCCUCCUCCUCCUCCUGCUCCUGUUUUGAAUCUCAAGCCAGUUUCGAAUACAACCAGCAGAAGUCAAAAGCCUCUACCGCCAAAAGAAGAAGACCCGAGGGACUUUUUACUGUCUCAAAUCAGGGCAGGCUUUACGCUGAAACCUGUUCAAAAUUAA